AUGGCAGCACCGGCAUCCCGCGCGCUCAGGCGCUGUAUCUGCACCGCGAAGCAGUCCGCAUACGUACGACCGACCGUUGGAGCCACACAGCAGAGGAUACAGCGGAGAUGGCAGUCAGAUGCGGCAGCUCCCACAAAUCCAAAGAUUGCGACGAUCGUGGAUCAGAUUAGUCAAUUGACUCUGUUGGAGACUGCAGACUUGGUAUCGACGUUAAAGACUCGUCUGAACAUACCCGACAUGCCUAUGGGAGGAUUUGUCGCUGGUCCCGGAGGAGGUGCAGGUCCCGCGGCCGCAGCCCCCGUCGAGGAAGAAGAGGCCGCGCCCGCCGCUCAAGAGAAGACACUUUUCAACCUCAAGCUCGAGAAAUUCGACGCCGGCGCGAAACCCAAGGUGAUCAAGGAGAUCAAGGCCAUGUUAGGCUUGAGUUUGGUGGACAGCAAGAAGUUCGUUGAGGGAGCACCGAAGAUGAUGAAGGAGGGUGUGCCAAAGGAGGAGGCGGAGAAGAUUGUCGAGACGCUCAAGGCGCUGGGUGCUACAGUUGUCAUGGAGUAG